AUGUCGACUACCCGUAGGAUCCGCGGCGAGGAUCGGUUUUACAACCCGCCUCCGAUGAGGAAACUGCAACAGGAGCGGGAGAAGAAGAGACUUGAAGCCGAGGAAGAAGAGAGGAGAGCGAAGGAGAUUCUCGAUCAACAGAUUUCGGCGUCGGAGAAGGAGAAGGAGAAGGAGAUGAAUCGCCCUUUAUCCACUGCUGAAUCGCCUGACGAGUGCUCGACCUCCGAUUGUUCUCAGCCGGGUCGGGUCACCACCGAAAUUUCGUCAAAUUUGGGCCGGUUUCUGGAUUGCACCACUCCCCUUGUUCAUACGCAAUACUUGCCUAUGACAAGCAUCAAGGGGUGGAGAACCCGGGAACCAGAGUACUGUCCUUACUUCUUGCUGAAUGAUUUGUGGGAUUCGUUUGAGGAAUGGAGCGCCUAUGGUGUUGGUGUUCCUCUUCUCUUAAAUGGGACCGAUUCGGUUGUUCAGUAUUAUGUUCCCUAUCUCUCUGGAAUUCAGCUCUAUGAAGAUCCAUCUAGAGCCUGCACAAGUAGGAGGAGGGCUGGUGAAGAAAGUGAUGGUGAUUCGCCUAGAGACAUGAGUAGCGAUGGAAGCAAUGACUGUAGAGAGCUUUCUCAGAGUUUAUACAGAGCCUCUUUGGAAGAGAAACCUUUUGUUGGUUCAUCGAGUGAUGAGAGUGAAGUCAGUAGUAACUCUCCUGGUGACCUUGUCUAUGAGUAUCUUGAGGCUGCUAUGCCAUUUGGCCGUGAACCAUUGGCAGACAAGAUCUCAAACCUGUCAUCGCAAUUCCCAGCACUCAGAACAUACCGGAGCUGUGAUCUAUCUCCUUCGAGUUGGGUCUCUGUUGCUUGGUACCCAAUAUACCGAAUACCAUUAGGUCAAUCGUUACAAAACCUGGAUGCUUGCUUCUUAACAUUCCACUCCUUAUCAACACCCUCUCGAGGUACAAGCAAUGAGGACGGUCAAAGCUCAAGCAAAUCGGUUGCACCAUCUAAGCUUCCGUUGCCCACAUUCGGCCUCGCGUCCUACAAGUUUAAACGGUCGGUUUGGAGUCCAGAUAGCGACGUGGACGAGAACCAGAGAGCCGGGGCGCUGCUAGGAGCAGCUGAAGAGUGGCUGAGGCGGUUGAAGGUUGUGCUACCGGACUUUAGACACUUCGUAUCACACAGUGGUUCCGGGUGGAGAUGA